AGAGUUUUUUUUUUUGUUUGACCGAAGGCUUUCAGUAUCAGAGUUGAUAAAUGUCAAAUCCAGAACAAGUGUAGACAUAGAAACACAGUAUAAAAAAUUGAGAAGAUUAGUCACUGAAACAACACCAAGGAAACAACAACAUAUGGAGCACCGAAAGUUAAGAGGUAACGGCGUAGACAUCCACGUGGCGAUCCAAGGCCCUUCCGAUGGCCCUGUAGUCCUCCUCAUCCAUGGAUUCCCUACUCUUUGGUACUCAUGGCGUCACCAGAUCCCCGGACUCGCUGCUCUUGGAUACCGCGCCGUCGCUCCUGACUUACGCGGUUACGGUGACUCCGAUGCUCCGUCGGAGAUCUCUUCCUACACUUGCUUCCACCUGGUGGGUGACAUGAUCGCUGUCAUAUCCGCCUUGACCGAAGAUAAAGUGUUUGUGGUUGGCCAUGAUUGGGGAGCUCUCAUCGCUUGGUAUCUUUGUCUUUUCCGACCUGAUAAAGUCAAAGCUCUGGUCAACCUCUCUGUUCCUUUCUCUUUCGGUCCUAAAGAUCCUACCGUUAAACCUAUCGACGUGCUGCGUAAGUUCUACGGCGACGACUUCUACAUGUGUAGGUUUCAGGUUCGUUCAUUUCUUCUUCUUUUUCCCAAAGCUUAAAAUAACCGGAGAGGA